AGACUGUGAUUGGAUCCCAUCAUGUUUGUGGACAUCUUUCUUUAUCUGGCUUGUUUCUGCCUGCUGAUAUUUAGUGUCGCCCUCCUGGUGUACUUUGUCUGCCCCUCAGUCCUCUUUACCCUUUAUCUCAGGUAUGUCACAUUUCUUGCUGGACUCAAGAUCAAAUAUGUGAAAGGGGAGGACAUUGAGUAUUGCUACGCUGAGAAAAAUAGUCCCAUAAAAAACAAGACAUCAAUAUUGUUUGUCCACGGCUUUUCUGCUUCAAAAGACAUGUGGGCACAGCUGGUCAGGCAACUUCCUGGUGAUCUCCACCUGGUGAGUGUUGACUUACCUGGCCAUGGGGAGACAACUGUGCCUGAAUCGGGGGAGUUGUCGUAUGAUUUCUUGGUGGAAUACUUGAAUAAGUUUGUGAAGCUUAUUGGUCUUGAUGCCUCCCCUUUUCAUUUGAUUGGCGCCUCGAUGGGAGGAGCAACUGUCGGCCUCUAUUCUGCCAAACAUCCAGAACAUGUUGCCAGAGUCACACUGGUCUGUCCAGCAAUGAAGACUCCAGCAGAGACAGAGUUCUCCACAGAGAUCCGUAACAUGGUGGAGUCAGGCCACAACGUAGAAGAGUUUGAGUGCACACUAAUACCACAGACUCCACAAGGAGUGCAGAAAAUGUUAAAUGCCUGCUCCUUCCACAAACCCAGACUCCCCAAACAGAUACUUAAAGGCAUGUUAGAUCUCAGGAGUCCAAAGGCAGAUUUCUACAAUAAAAUGUUUAAAGCUAUAACAUCUCUGGAGGCAGCUUCGUUACUGGAGGAUAGCUUAAGUAAAAUCACAUGUCCAUCACAGAUUAUCUGGGGCGAGCAAGAUGAGUUGAUCCACCACUCCGGGGCUGACGUCCUCACCAAAGGCUUACCCAACUGUCAGCAUGUGACAGUCCUUGACCGCUGCGGACACAUAAUUCAUGUGGACCGUCCCGGGGCCCUGGCUAAGGCCAUUCUUGAGUUCAGAGGAGAGUUACAUCUGGCCAAACAUCCCAAGCACGCCAAGAAGGACUGAGCAGGCGAUUUUUUUGUUUCAGUAAGGGGAAUUUGGCACAGUGUUGUUGUCACCAUAACAGGGAGGACUGGUCCCGCUUCAUUAUUAAGUGUAUUACUGUGGACCAAAUCUCCACUACAUGUUGUUGUUGUUUUAUCAAGAAAAUCUCCAUAAUCUGAAGAUCAAGAUUGAGCAGAGCCUCUAAAUUUGAGAUUAAAGCGAGAAAGGGAUGGCUGUAUAAUGGGAUAUAAUAUAAGGGAUUUAAAGUACUAAUAAAUCGGACAUUUGAACAGCAAAUUGUCCAAAUUUCAAAAUUUCUCCUGGCCUUCGGCCGAAUUUGAAGAAAAGGUAAUGCAUUGUGGAUAUGAAAGAGUUUUCCUGCACUUGGCUUUGACUAGACAAAAUUGGCAGUCAAGAAAAUAUCAGAUUUGCCUUGAAGCAUGUAUGAGAUGUCUGAAAAUAUAUAAAGGCAUUAAAACUGCUUCAAGACAAUGUCCAUGGAGGCCAUUGUCAUCUUUCAAUAAAUGACAAAGGUGUCAAAAAUAUCAAGAAAAAAAAAACAAUGUUGAAUGAAGUUGUUUGAUAUUUAUUUAUUAUGAAACACAAAUUUCAGUCCCAAGUAAUGGACCAAAUCGUUUUCUGUGCAGUUGGCUGUAAAACAAGGGAAGGUAUUCUAGGGACCAGUUUGUUCAAAAGAGUAUUACCUAAUGCUGCUAUUAUUCAUAUUUUAUCUGUAGAAUUAUAGCCAAAUUCAGCAGCCAAUGCUGUUAUCCAAUGGCAGAGUCUACCAGUAACAGAUAGAGUUCAUGUUUCAUGUACUGGUACUGUUUUACGCAAAGCACAGAAUUGAAGACCUGGAUAUAAGUCAAAUUUGGUUUGUUUCUUUGGAACAGUU